AUGUCCAUCAGGCAAAGGCCCGACGAGUCGCUGAGGAAUUUCAUGACCCGCUUCAAUGCGGAGAGCUUGCAGGUCAGGGACAAGGACGAAAAAGUGGUGAUGGCCGCCUUCACAAACGGGCUCAGGGUGGAGGAGCUUUUCUACGAUCUGGCCAAGAAGCCUCCCGUAAACCUGGAAGAGCUCCUACGCAGGGCUCACGAGGCUGCCAACGCGGAGGAGGCGGGUCGCCUAAAGAAAGAGCCAGAUCGGGAGAUCGGAGAUCGUAAGGGCCGGACCAACCCCCUGAAGGGCAAGGAGGCCCCGGCCAAGAAAAAUGUCUUUGAUCGGCUCUCGAAGGAGAAGACCCCUGCUCUGCCACCACUCUCAGAGAAGACCUACACCCCUCUAAUACGGCCCAGAGCUCAGAUCUUGGCCGUCAUGGAGGCGGAAGGGCUGGGAGAGCGGCCGCCCAAGAUGGGGACGCCCCGGAACAAAAGGAACCAGGACCGAUAUUGCGCCUUUCACCGUGACGUCGGACACGACACGGAGGGGUGCUGGGCCCUGCGUAAGGAGAUUGAAGACCUGAUCCAACGUGGCUUUCUAGGUCGGUUCGUACGCCGACCAGGUCAGGAGUUCGGGCGCAACCAUUACGGGGAUAGGCGUGAGGGACGGCGUCGGGACCGCCCAGAGCGGCGCGACGCUCCUCGGGGCUACUCUCCCGACCAGGACACCCAGAACCUGGCGGGGGUGAUAAACACCAUUGCCGGAGGUCCCACAGGGGGGACAGCCAUGCAGCUCGGAAGAACAAGCGGCCACCCCCCGAAGGGGACGACUCCUUGA